GCCAGCCCGCUCCCGCUCCCCGCUCGCUCCCCGCCGCCGCAGCUGCUGCCUCCGCGGCGAUACGCGCCGGAGCUGCCGCCCAGCCCGCCAGCCGGAUUUCCCCGAAGCCGCCUCCGCACGCCGUCCCGGGAGCCUCGAGCGGCGCCGAUGUAUGAAAACCCCUCCCUAAUCAUGACAGGAGUGCUAAAAAGGAAACAUGAUGAACUGGAAGAUGAUGUUCCAUAUUCCUCCUCCUCCUCCUCCUCCUCUCCUUUCUCAUCUUCAGCGUUGUCCGGCUGGGAAUCUGACGAAGAAAACUCACGGGGAGGCCUCAAGCCCACCUUGGCCUUAAACACCGAUUUCACCCCCACGUCCAUCCUGAAGAAAACCAAGCGGUUAAAGCGGAACAAUGUCGAUUUUGACCGGGUCACCGUCUUCUACUUCCAGCGUUGCCAAGGAUUCACCAGCGUGCCUAGCCGUGGGGGCUGCACCCUGGGGAUGGUCAGCAAGCAUGGCUUCUCCCGGGAGUUCACGCUGGCCGAGUUUCUCAAGGAGCAGGAGGUUGUCCGGCGGGAAAAGUUCAAGGACAGGUUGAAAGAGGAGAAGCUCGAGGCCCUUAAGUUGAAACUGACCAUGAACGGUACGAAGGAGUCUGAAGAAGCCAACCGGCUUACCACGGAGGACAUCUUGGAUGAUGACAUUGACACCAGCAAUGUGGAGCUGGAGGAUGGCUUUUUCCUGCAGCCCUACCCCACCAAGAAGAGGCGUGCCUUGCUCAAGGCCAUGGGGGUCAAGAAGAUUGACAAGGAGGAAAAGCGGGACCUCCAAAGCAUCCGUCUUUCCCGGGAAGACUGUGGCUGCGACUGCCAGGAAUUCUGUGAUCCGGAAACCUGUAGCUGCAGCGUGGCAGGAAUUAAGUGCCAGAUGGAUCACACCUCAUUUCCUUGUGGUUGCACCAAAGAUGGUUGUGGGAACACAGAGGGGAGAAUUGAGUUCAACCAGGCUCGUGUGCAGACACACUUCAUCCACACCAUCAUGAAACUGGAAUUGGAAAAGAACCAGCGAAACAGUGACAGGAAUCUUGAGUCUGAGCCACCAUUCAGGGACCACGUUCAUCCAUUUGGGUAUCCGGCCAACAAGGCACCCUAUGAGGAAAGGACCCUAACCCUGACGCCUGCCUUCCAGUUCAACACUGACUUGGAGACCGUUGGCGAGAACAGCUGUAGCAGCAACAUGACUGACUCAUCGGUGUCAUCCAGUCAGAGCGAGGAUUUGGAAGAGCCGUAUGAAACUGCCCCGUCUGAGAAGUCACAGUCGGACAUUGAUGACGAUGGCCUGACUCGGAUCCUCCACUUCAGCGAUUCUGAUGCAGAAGAAGAGAACAAUAGUGUUGGCAACUGCCAGGAUAAUCUGAGUUCUUUCCACCCUACUGGUUUCUUUAGCGUGGACGUGGAAAACCAGUGUGCUACCAACGCUGCUGAAAAGUCGGGCUCCAGCAAUGGUUUCAGCCAUUUAUCAAACAUCACAGAAUGCUUGGACGAGAACGCCAAUCAGGGACCAAGCUGUUUCCUUGAGGAAACCUCCAGUGGACAGUAUGGAGGGGUCCCCAGCUGUUCUCCAUCUUCCUCUGCAGAACUGUGCUCCAAGAACUACAUGGAUCUGAGCUUCUCCUCAGACUCACUGGAUUUUUUCCAGUCCUUCUCGGAUUACAACCUGGGACCUCUCUAUAACUCCUUGAAGGAAUAUGAGAACUUGGACAACUUUUCGGCUUUGCAGCUCCAAUUGCCAAAUUUCCCCAGCUUGGCUCAGCCCGCCGAUCAGAGCAGCUGUUUUCUGGAGUCCCUGAUUGGCUUGUCUGAAUCUGUCCCUGAAACCCCUGCUCCUUUUACAGACAAUCAGCUUCUUGAAGAUGCCAUUAAGUCAUCUCUAAUGGAGACAGUGAAGGUUUAAAUUUUAAUUUAUUUUUUAUAAGAGAAAGGCCGGACAGUGUCUCAUUUCCUAUUGUGAAUAAAUAUUCCUUUCUGCAAGAGAAGAAGAUGCUAGGAAGAUCUUUCCAAGCUGACAAAUUAAUUUUGUUCUAUUUUGGACACUUUGUGGAGGGGAAAAAAAAAAUCUUAGCGCUACAGUUUUUCUUACAAUUUGUGGAAAACCUUUGGGUUCUUAAUGGCAUUUCAGGGGAGGGGCAGAAGGUAAAUUUUGCAAACCCAAACACAGUUUUCCUACAUUUUGUAUGGGUGGGAGGGACUUUGUAAGAAAUAUCCCUUACGUGUUUUAAGAUUGUGGAACAUCCACACAGCACCUUCUGCAAACAUGCUCAAAUGUUUGCGGACCAUUUUCUCCAAUUGCUUUGCGAGUUAUAGUAUUGUAUUUAUUGUGAAAAUGAUUUGCUGUUGAUUAAAUGGGAAAACGUUUACAAGGAGAGAAGUGCUGUCUCAGCGUUUCUCAGCCUUGGCAACUUUAAGCCAGGCUGGCUGGGGAAUUCUGGGAGUUGAAGUCCACACAGCUUAAAGUUGCCAAGGUUGAGAAACACUGUACUAUAUUCUAGACAUGACGUCUCUCCUCCCUCUCUAUUUAUUGCAAAGGUUCACCAUUUUUAAAUAGUCACCGAAGCUUCAACAGAGCAUGGACCUUUAUUUAAAUUAGUUGUAGCUUAUAUUAUAUAUUAUGUGUACAAUCAUUUUCUUUUUGCAUAACGUAUCUUAUUUAUUUGUCCCUUGCUUCUUGGUUAGGCUGUGGUCAGCUAAAGUCCUGAAAGAGGAAGAUAUUUGGCAGCCUAGCCCUUGAGGAUUUAUUUGCAUUGGGCGUCCCCCUCUUCCCCCCCACCUCCUUCGGGUGAAACAAAGACGUUUUAAGGUGGUCAGAUGCAUUUUCCCCUCCCUCCCUCCCUCCCUUCCUCCCUCCCUCCUUCCUUCCUUCCUUCCUUCCUUCCUUCCUUCCUUCCUUCCUUCCUUCCUUCCUUCCUUCCUUCCUUCCUUCCUUCCUUCCCCAUAGUACCACAUACUACACUACAAAUUUGAAAUUCUAUUUCACAAAUCUUGGAUUUCUCCAGGAAAGAUUUAAGAAUCUGGCAUUUGUGGGGAAAAAAAAAGUCUGAGAAGGCUUGAAGGAUUGUCCCCAACCUUUCUCUUUCCAUUCCUUUCCCUUCUCUUCCAUCUUUCUUCCAGCAAUUCCUAAGGUGGUCUUUCAGAGUGUAUUGAGUUGAUUCCAAACAUGUUUCACUUGUAAUGCAGAUGCAGGCUGGGGAUGUUGGGUCUAACUCGGAGAGCACGUAUUCUCCGUUAGCUACUUCUGAUAUUGGGACCCAGGACAGCACAUGCAGUAAAGGGAGCUACUUUUACUGGAGAUUAGCAGGACAUUGGAAUAUUCUUAAGGGACGCAUCUGCCGUGCAAUUGUUUUGGGAUCAGAGCCAUUGCUUAGCAGAGCAUUUGAGCCUUGGAAGGUAUGAGGGGGGGGGCCUUCUAAAUGUCGCAAUACAGCUGAAAGUGGCUGUUUUCAGCAGCCUUUCCCCUACAGAGCUCUUGCAUCGUACUAUGAAGAGAUGGGUGGUAUCUUGCCACUAUUUAAGGAGAAAAACUGAUUUCUACGGUUUUGUACUUGUAUAAGCCUGGUAGUGAAAUGUGAUAGCCAUCCUUCUGUUGUGGACAAGUUACCAAACUCUGAACUAUUGAGAGAGAGGAACAAAAACCUACGAACUAUUUAACAACAACAACAAAGGAGUUUACAUUGUGUUAUAAAUUAUGGUGGUUGUUUUUUAAUUUAUUUAAUUACUUAAGGAUUUGGCCAUGGAAUCUUUAUGGAAAAUACCUUAUUUCUUAUUAUGGAUGCCCACCUAGAUGAAGAGCCAUGAUCACCAAGCAUCAGAACAUUUUAUAGCCUUGGGAGGAGAAUGAAGAAAAAGAUGAGGGUUGUGCUUUUAGAAAUCUUGGAUGUCUCUUGUGGGGGAGGGAAUAGGUAGGGGGAGGUCACUCGAUUCUUGCCCACCUGGUUCCAAAGAAGCUGUAGUUCCAGUUGCUUGAGUUGGGGGUACAAACUGGGAUAGCCACAGACCUGUAUUCUGUGUGCUCUUGAGUUCUGUUGCAACUUGAUGAUGGAUGAUAGUUUUAGUCUUCUAAAAGGCCUGAGAACAUAAAAUAAGCCCUACCUAGCACAACUUUGUCACCAUAGCCCAAUGUUUAGAGUCCGAAGUGGAGAAAAUGUUGUUUUUAAAGCAUGCAUCGGCCAAGCCAGGAGAGGUAGACACUUUUUAUAAUAAAACCAUGUCUGUUAUUAAGGAUGAAUGGGAAGUAUUGCAUCGCUUGUUGCUGAAAUGCUGAGGAAAUCAAUCUAGGUCAAUGUUUCUCAACCUUGGCGGCUUGAAGGUGUGUGGACUUCAACUCCCAUGGCUGGCUGGGGAAUUCUGGGAGUUGAAGUCCACACAUCUUCAAGUUGCCACAGUCGAGAAACACUGAUCUAGAGCCUCUAUCUGAAGAUUCAUGGAUUGAAGGGCUUGACUUGCUGGGAAACGACAUCCAGGAGUUAGUAGUCACAAUAGGGAGAACAGGAGAAACUGCUGGACGGGGUGGAAGGGCAGAAAACUGCAUCCUGACAUCAUGGCACAGCCUCUGCCCCAGUAUGCAUAUUUUGUCAUUUGCCCCCCUAGCCACCCCCAGGUUCUUGUGUUUUUGAGUGACAGAUGACUGUUCCCCGUAAAGUUCAUCAUUUUCCUCCCUUGACUGUGGCAUGUUCCUUUCUUUACACACUCCACCUCAUUUGUGGCAUAACGACUUGGUUAGCUGGUGACAUGUCCUUGUACUGGGCAUGGAUGUUAGCCAAGGGAAGCGGGGCAGAAAUGCAGCAUGGAAGAUGCUGUGGUCUGUGAACUACAGGCACUCCUGCUGGCCCAAGCAUGCUUAAAUUGAACAGCAGACAUAACCCCGUUUAGCUCUUCCUGGAGAAUGCGUUGGUUCAGAUUAAUGACCUGUUCUAGGAAGACAUGGGACUUGAGAAGCUUCUAAAGAAGGAAAGAGGUGCUUCUUGCAAAGAAAGGAUCUGUGUUCUGGCUUUGUGUCCUCCACAUGCUUGGCUGGAUUGGUGGCUUCAUCCCUCAACUUUUGAACCCUUUUGAAAGCUCAUUUGUACCUUGCACACUCUACAGGCCUUACAACCUCUGAAACCAAUCAGCACAACUCGCAAUGUGGAGGAUUACAGCCACGCGUUUCACCGUAAGCUGGGGUUUCCACAGGAUAUGGUCCAAAAAGUCAAGAUGGCAUGCAUUAAAACCCAGGCAGAGCUUCAAUUGCACCGUUGAGGGCGCCAUCUUGACUUUUUGGACCCACCAAAGAACCAGGCGGAGCUUCCAUCGCCCCAUCACGGCUGCCAUCUUGACUCUUUGGACCAUAUCCUGCAGAUACCCUUGCUGCAGGAUCUUUCCAGGUUUUUCUAGGGCGCAUGCAAGGGCAAAGGCUUCACACAUCUCCGCGUUGCUAUCUUCCCUAACUACUACUAUGCAAAGUGAGAGGGUUGCUAUUCAGCAAGAGGGAAUGGUGGAUAAUUUGGUGUGACUUCACAGCUUCUGCUUACUGGAAUCUUACAGGAGACCUGGCUUAGGCUGGUUGUCUUUAAUAGUUGGGCAGAGCCCUGGAGGGUAGAUUUAUGGUCUGGGAACUUGCUGGGAUGGAAUGGUGUAAAGAAAAAAAAACAUAUUGACUCUUUUCAUCCUCCGAACUGAUAUGCCUUGCACUUUGACCUCCAAUAAUUUACAAAGUGCCCAAACUUCUUCCGCACUGGAAGCCUUUGCGAAGGCAGCUGGCCCCCAUCUGCUCUGCGCAAAGAAAAAGUUAACAAACAGAGUGGUUGAAGAGAAAACGUCUACAGAAGAAAUGUGGCAUAAUCUCGUGUAAUCCUGCUGUGGGCAGCUUUUUUUUUUUUAAAGUGUGUGUCUGUGAAUAUUAUAGUUUUCCCUAUUUUUAAUUGAUGGGAUUAAAAAAAACAAUUUAUAUUAAAUAAUUAUUGCUUUACAAGUUUUUUCCCCCUCUGGGUACUGUUUAUAUAUGCUUUUUUGGCACUAAAGCAGCCAUUUUUAGAACAUUCCUAUUUUCUUGGCAUAUUUUUCUAUAGACAUUGUUUUCCAAUGAAUGUUGGGUGAUUGCCUUUAUGCUUCUCCCACCCACUUGCUUUAAUUUAUUCGCUUUGUUUUGGCACCGAUCCUCUCCUGUGAUACCCCAGUGUGCACUGAUUUGUAAAUAAAUACAUAUUUCCCCUUUCUGCAUAUUGUGUAAAAGGUUUUUGGUUCAGACCCAUUUUUCUUUAAAAAAAAAAAAAGCUAAGCUAAAACUGGGUAUUUAUUGUCACAAUCUGUAAUUAGCCAAUGUAUUGAUGGAAAUUCAUUUGGUUUAAACCGCUUUGCCUUUGUUUUCUCUGUGUAUAUAUUGGACUCAUGUUGCUCAAAGGUACAGAUUUUAUUUUCCCUUUCUCCUUUUCAUUUGCUGUAUAAAACCAAACAAAGAAACAAACAAAAAAAAAGCAUUCUUCCUACAAGUUGCUGUCUCUUGUUUUGUUGAAGCAAUAUGAAGAAAUUUUCAUUACUCUGUCAAUUAAAAAAGAAAA